AUGGAAGACAGAUGUAAAUCAAUCAACAUGGGACCAGAAGAUAAAGAUAAAGUUUUGUGUCAGAUAAGUGACUCAGAUCACGUUCAACACCCAAAUGAUCUGAAACCGACAGAAGGCUUUACGUAUAGGGGCAUGGAGGUAAGCAAAAAAAUUUCGGUUUUUGAGUUUGCAAAUUUUAAAUCCUCUUUUGUAAAUCGCGCGAAAAAAGUCACAGAAUCGUGAUAAAACGUGUCGCAGGCGGCAAGAGUCCUUCGUAAUAUUGAUUUUUACUGGUGUUAAACAAGUGAGUGAAAAAUUAGGAAACGAAGUCAAAGAAGGGGAAAGAAAUAAAACGAGUCGAACGUGAGAGGACCUGAUGUCACAGAUAGGAGUUUGAUUCCCACACAAACUUGAUUCUCGUCCAUACGAAGCUGUCGAAAAGUUCUUCCAAAACAACAUCCCAUCGUAUCCUUUAAGAUUAUGAAACAAUACCACGACAGACCAUUCAAAUCCAUUUUCGUUCACGGCCACUUCAUUCAAGAAAUCGAAAAAAAAAUUCUGAACAAUUUUCAACGCAAAACUCCUGCGCGUUCUCAUCAUUAGCGGUCUUUUAACGCAAGAGAAUAGGAUGAUGUUACAAUCUUCAACAUAACGUGCUACUCGUCUUUUUUUCUUUUUUGCCUGUUGACUGUAACACUUAUGUUGACAUAUUCCCCACAGACUUGGCAUUUGGCCACUCCUCAUCGAUAUUUGGCGACUAUGGAUCUUCGAUCACCCCUAUUUGAUUCUUUCUUGUGGUUGUUUUCGACUUCCUUGAAGAAUUCGGGCAAACUUUUUGUACCUUUUGCAAAUAGAUUCACGCAGGGAUUGGGUCGAGUCCAAUGAUACCGAUAAUAAGCUUCUCCAUAAAACGAACGUAGACAUACACAGCACAUUUGAAGAGAAGUGUCACCUUGACGAUUUCCAGGACAAUUACGGCGAUGACAUGAGAAACAUUUCUUUCCUCCGCAAGUAUGAUGAUCAUAAUGAUCUGUAUUAAAUCCACAGUCGCAUUCGUGACAAUGAGAAGAUUUGCUCAAGAUUCCUCCUUACGAUGCGAAAUCAUGAUGGUGAUGUCCAUCUACUUGCACUGGUUCAAUCUUUUCAAGGACCCUUGAAAAUAGUCAGGUGAAGCUUAUUCAACGACACCACUUGAAUCUGGUACUCGAGACUCGCUGCUUUUUUCAAACUUUUCCAAUUCCCUUACACCACAGGAUCAUUCUUCCACACCUGCCAAUCGAUAUAGCCACGUUACGUUAUAUGAUCAGUCCAUUUGAGCCGCAUGGUACUAAAUCACGCUAUUUGAUUGAUUAGGACCCAGAGUGCCAAAUAACAUUUCUGGGAUGUUAUAAGAUCUUUUUAUAACGCCAGAAAAAUUUUUCUAUGUCGUAUCUGAGAACAUUUAAGUACAAGUUUUUGUACUCUUUUUUGUGUUCUCAUAAUAUAUCCAAAGAGUUAUUAUCAAUCCGAGCGUGUAUAAUCAUUUUAUGAAAAAUGAGGCAAAAUAUAUAUCAAAGUUCACAUGACAACCAGGUAGACAAUCAGACAUGGUUUCGUGUUACUCUGGUUUAAAGAUUUAAUGAAUGUAACCGAGAAGUUACAAUUCAUAGACCCAACGUUUCGACAUUCCUGUUUAGUGCCUUCCUCAUCACCUCUCAUCACCUCUGAUUAAGACACAUAACUGCCAUGCCAAGGCUGUGUUUAUCGAGAAGUCUUACAGUUAUAGAUGUAAAGAAGGUUUUAAGGGAGAAAGAUGAAAUUUCAAGGUUAAGUUCAGAGUAAUCAUUGCAAUACAUUUUUAGUAAUGUAGCAUUCCUAGAUUACAAACCUUUUUUAUUCUACCAUAAUUUAAUUUUGCCAAAGAAAGGCAAGAACACGCUCAAAAAAAAAAGGUCACAACGGAGCGAGUAAAAACAGUUAAAGACAAGAAUAGAAGCAAAAAAAAGAAGAAUUUGAGAAUAAUAAUAAUGAUGAUUAUAAUCGAAUUAUUCAGUAUAACCCUUCAAUACAAAAGUACUGUUAUCAACAAGGUCCUUUUGAUUAAGAUUAAAAACUCAGAAAUAAGAAAUUAAAAUAUAUAUAAGAUAAAAUCUAUUAAAACAAAAAUACACUAAGUUAAAAACUAUUAAAACUACAAUGGAAACUACAAGUAAUAAUUGUCCAGGGCUUUCCUAAAUGAAAACUCCAGAAUUUAUGUUCCUUAAACCUAAAGGUAACGAAUUAAAAAUCGAGGCACCCAAAAAAUAAAAACUACGGCGCGCAAAAUCCAGUUUGGCUUUUGGUAGCUUUGCUGUUUUUCCAUUGUUCCCUGUGUUUAUUGCGUUAUGUUGUAAAAAAAAAAAAAAACAAACAUCUGACGGAAAAGAAAUCGUUGGAAAACUCCAGCUAUACCGUCGUCAGAUUUUGUUAAUCACUCGUCUAUUUACAGACCGCAUCAAAACUCCACUCGAUCUUUUCACCAUCUCUUUUAAAACUGAUAGAGUGGUGACUUGACAUAUCAAGAUGACAAACCAAUAAAAUAAACAUAGGUAAUAAGAAAGCUUGACUAUGCUUUUUAAUAAACGAAAGAACUUAUGAUAUGAAAAGAGGUUGAGUUGAACCUUUUUUGGCCUUCAGCAUUCAAAGCAGUUUUGACAAAUCUCAAUGCCACUGGAAGAUAUGGUCCAAUAUCGCUGGGCAGUCAUUACACAGGUCAGGAUCAUGACAGACAAGUUACAUUGUCCAGCGGUAUUCAACAGUGGACUGUGCCGUACACUGGUGACUACAGAAUAGAAGCAAUAGGAGCAGCAGGAGGGUACGAUCGACGGAUUAACAGCUCUCAGUACCGUGGAAGAGGAGCAAGAAUGAUUGGAACAUUCCGCUUAAACAAGGGUGAGGUCAUUCAAAUACUUGUAGGGCAAGAAGGAGGAAUGAACAUGUCCAAAUUUUCUUCUGGCGGUGGUGGAGGUACAUUUGUAAUGAGAGGAGCCGACUCACCUUUGAUAAUAGCUGGAGGCGGAGGAGGCACACAAAAUGUUAUGUCAAGGCAUAAAGGAUGCGACGCCAGUACAAAUACAACGGGGAAUCCUGGUUACAAGUCGUGGUCAGGGGGGAGUAAUGGGCAUGGUGCUCAAACUGCUGAUGAUUAUUCUUCAGGUAAGAUAAUACUGUGAUGAUCCCUUACCUCUCAGCUCCUUAUUAAUGAAUGUGUUAAUGUAUGCUUCAAAUUUAAAUAAUCGGCCUUUGUCCCCAAAAAAAACAAAAAAGCAUUGAGACUACCUAGGAUGAGGACCAGUUUAUUCAUAUAGGGAUAAUAUAGACUCAUGUAAAAAUAUUAAAACUAACGGAUGGCGGCUUAAUAGAAAUACUUCAUACACAGGUUUGACCACGCUGAUAUAGGGACAUUAGAGAUUCAAAAAAAAAAAUUCUAAGACCUUAAUCAUCAUUUGUUUUUGUUUUCGUUUUUGUUUUGUUUUGAUUUUUAUUUUCUCAGGGGGUGGUGGUGGCGGGUUUUACUCCAGUGGAAGAAGUGGAGAGAAUUUCAAUGGGACCAAGGGAAUCGGCGGAGAAGGUGGUAAGGGAUUUCUGCAAGGGGGGGUGGGUGGGAGAUCAAUAUAUUACAAUAUAGUUGGUGGGUUUGGUGGAGGGGGUGGAGCUUUUGGAAGAGGAGGAGGAGGAGGAGGGUACUCUGGGGGAAGCAGUGGAGAUAAUGAUCGUGAUUCCUGUGGGGGUGGGGGCGGCUCUUACAACGAUGGAAACAACCAGGACAAUGCAUGUUGUUAUAGAACGGCUGGUCAUGGUCAGGUGAUUAUCACAUUACUCUGA